UCCCGAUAGAUCGUCGGACGAAAAGCGCGAAGUGCGACAUUCCUUUUUUUUAAUUUUUUUCCGCCCUCUCUCUCUCUCUCUCUCUCUUGGAACGAGAGCGAAUCUGCUGCUGGUGGUGCAUCUGCCCGUUGCUGGACAGGAAGCGGGAUAUGAGCUACACCGAACCGCUGUGGGAGAUCAAUGGAAAUCAAGCACCAGUAAUCGCGGCGGAAAUGUCGCAGUACGUCGGGAGUGAGAUCGGCAGCUACCCUAUGUGGGAUAGCGCCGUGUUGUAUCAGACGCAACCGCCUACGCAUCCGCACGUGAACGAGCACGGAUUGUACAGACAACCUUGCGCGUUGUUGCAUCAAAGUCGUUACACCACGAACGGUCGCUCGCCGAACUUGCCGUCGUCGACGACGAAGAAGCCGAGACGUCGGGUGGCGACUGUGUCCCAAAGAAGAGCCGCGAAUAUUCGUGAGAGACGCAGAAUGUUCAAUCUGAACGAAGCCUUCGAUAAAUUGCGCAGGAAGGUACCGACGUUCGCUUACGAGAAGCGACUCUCGAGAAUCGAAACGUUGCGCCUGGCGAUCACCUACAUCGCUUUCAUGGGAGAGUUGCUCGGUAUCGAGCCGAGCAGUCCGAAACCGGAAUACAUACCGCGAGAGUAUUACUUACCGAAUUGAAUCUUAUUGAAGUCGGUGGAAAAACAAAAAAGAUACUUCGACAUCCGCGCUUGAAACGUCUAAUCGGCGAAACCUAGUCUCCCAUUACUGAUUAGUGUUAAGUCGAGUAUUGCAAUAAGUCCAGACGUAAUUAUACGAUGUACGACUGUAUUUAUGUCCCCAAUUCGCACUUGUCUUUCAUAAUUCUAAUCGAUCGUUUUAUACAACAUUGUUUUAUAACAUCUUAAUUUUUUCGAUACUAUCGUAUAAAAAGAGGUUAUCGAUAGUUUUGCGACACAUAUCGAUACUUUUUCGACACAUGUCGCAUAAAAAGAUGGUUUUCUGCGUGCCAAAGGAUUGUUCGAUCGUCGCUGAGAAUUUCUUCUAAAGUUCGAAACCGUCCGCUACGACGCCAUGUUGUUUUAUCGUCUGUUCUGCGUCUAUAUGUGGUGGUUACUGAUUUUCGCAGUUUUUUAUUUACAUCAGGUACAUGUAAAAGACCUUUUUUUUUUUGAAAAAAAAAACGUUGCUACGGAAAAAGUUUUAAACAAAACUUUUUUUAUGCCAAUAAAAUUGAAACAGCUUGUUGAAGUGUCGAUAGUAUCGGAAUGAUUAAAGCCACACUAACAGUCAACACAGUUUGUGUCGCACAGACAAUAAUCGUGUAACACAAACUCUUUAUCGACUCAAUUACUGCGAAUCUUGUU